AUGAACCCUCAAGAUGACCUUGAAUAUGACGCUAAUUGUGAUCCAGACAAUCCCCGAAAGAUAAAAUAUGAAGAUAUUUUGGCAGCAUCUCGACGGAUGGUGGGCCAAAUUGUACGAACACAAUGCCCGCUCGCUCACAUGUCGGAAACGCUGGGAGUAGAAUUAUACAUGAAGCAAGAGUUCCUACAGUACUCGGGAUGUUUCAAGGAGCGUGGAGUUCGCAACGCUCUGGUAUUGUUGAGCGAUGAACAGAAGAAACUUGGUGUGAUCACAGCCAGCUUCGGUAACAAUGGCAUUGCCAUGGCUUACAACUCUUCUAUGCUAGGCAUACCGUGCAGCGUCGUGAUGCCGUUCAAAGCUUCACUCUUCAAGAGAACGCUCGCCGAGCGACUCGGUGCGAAGAUCAUACUUCAUGGCAGAGAUAUGGCAGAGUCCAAACGGCAUGCCAUGUCUGUAGCUAGGGAGAAAAAGCUGACGUUCAUCAACGGUUUCGACCACCCCAACAUAAUAGAAGGCCAGGGCACCGUUGGCAUUGAAAUUGUAGAACAGCUUCCCACGGUGGAUGCAGUGCUGGUGCCAUGCGGCGGUGGAUCCCUCCUGACAGGAGUCGCCAUUGCUAUCAAACAUCUAAAACCUGACACUGAAAUUUAUGGAAUCGAAACAGAUAAAACUUGCAGCAUGGUGGAAGCACUGAAGAAGAACGAACGAGUAUUUAUACAAAUAGAUUCAACCAUUGCUGACGCACUAUCUGUUAAUAAAGUUGGAGUUAACACCUUCUUCAAUCUAAAAGGGAUUGUUGACAAAAUGGUGGUCGUGAAAGAGGAUUGGGUGGCGCGUGCAAUAAUGCAUAUUGUGGAGGAAGAAAAAUUUGUAGUGGAAGGCGCCGGCGCAGUAGGCGUGGCAGCUCUUAUGGCCGGUCUUUUCCCUAACUUGAGGGGCAAGAAAGUGGUUGCCAUUUGUACCGGUGGCAAUAUGGACACGACGACGUUGGGGCGUGCUUUAGAGCGUGGCAUGGCGGCUGAGGGCCGGCUGCUAAAGUUCAAAGUGUCGGUGUCAGACAGGCCCACCGGACUGGCCGACCUGUGCACCAUGCUCGCCGGUAUCGGCGUCAGCGUGCGAGAUUGCGUGCCAGAACGCGCAUGCGUCAAAGGAGAAGUUACAAGUAUACAGUGGAAAAUCAUUGCCGAAACAAGGGGUUGGGACCACACCAAAGAGCUGGUGGACAUGAUCAAAAAACAUUUCAAGGAAUAUCUUUUCCAAGAAGAGACGGAGAGGCCAGAGAAGACAAUCAGCGUCAAACGCGGCCCCUGUCUCGCGCCGAACCCUGUGUGCAUGCAAAAGUAG